CUUCGAGUUACCUACAGAACCUCUCCACAAACAUCCUUUUGAUAUCCUCAACCAUGAGUGGAUCCGGCAAAGGUCUCCUAGGCUUAUGGCUGUACAGGAAUGGCUCAGAUUGGCAAGUCAAGAACGCUGAAGAAACUCCUCAUCAUCCCAAGUUAGCAGAGAUCCAGGCAGCCCAGCAACAACCUCACGAUGGGGAGAGGAUCUCGGUGAUAUUCACUGUCAAGAACCAAGUUGGCGGAUUGGUUCGUGUUCUGGGGGUCUUCCAAGACCUCGGGAUCAAUGUCCUUCAUAUCGAAUCUAGGAAGUCGGCUAUGGAAUUGUCUGCUUCCGAUAUCCUGGUUGAUGUUGAAUGUGACCCCCGAAGGAUGGAACAGCUAAAAAGAAUGCUUAAACGCGAAGUGCAAGACUUCGAGGUAGUGGCCUCUCAAUCUGGAGAGGACUUCCCUCCUCCGACACCGUUGUCUGCUGCGGCGAGCUUUGAUUUCGGUGAAAUGCACUGGUUCCCUAGGAAGAUAUCGGACCUGGACCGAGCUCAGAAUGUUCUGAUGUACGGGUCAGAAUUGGAUGCGGAUCACCCUGGUUUCAAAGACCCUAUUUACCGCAAACGCAGGGAGCAAUUCGCUGCAAUCGCUAACAACUACAAAUACGGGCAUCCCAUUCCGAAGGUGCAAUACACCGAAACUGAAAUUAAGACAUGGGGUAUUGUGUUUAGGGAGCUCUUCAAGUUGUACCAGAAGCACGCCUGCGAAGAAUAUUUGGAGAACUGGCCCCAACUCGUUAAGUAUUGUGGCUAUAGAGAAGACAAUCUACCUCAGCUUGAAGACGUAAACAUAUUCCUGAAACGUAAAACUGGAUUCCAACUUCGCCCUGUGGCUGGGUACCUUUCACCGAGGGACUUCCUGUCUGGCCUGGCGUUCCGUGUGUUUCACUGCACGCAGUACAUACGUCACUCUUCCGAUCCCUUCUACACACCUGAACCGGAUUGCUGUCAUGAGUUGCUCGGACACAUGCCUCUACUGGCCAACCCGAGCUUCGCCCAGUUCUCUCAAGAACUUGGCCUGGCAUCACUUGGUGCAUCCGACGAAGACAUUGACAAGUUGGCAACGCUGUACUUCUUCACCGUCGAGUUCGGACUCUGCCGUCAAGCGGAUGGCUCGUACCGCGUAUACGGCGCUGGCCUUCUUUCUUCCGUGGCUGAGCUACAACACGCGCUUACAACGCCCGACAAAAUCAAACGAUUUGAUCCUGACGUUACCGUCAAUGAAGAGUGCAUCAUCACUUCAUACCAAAACGCUUACUACUACACUGACUCGUUUGAAGAAGCUAAGGAGAAAAUGAGAGCUUUUGCUGACAGCAUCCAGCGACCUUUUGGUGUCCGAUACAAUCCGUAUACGCAAAGUGUGGAAGUGCUGAGCAACGCUCAGAAGAUAACUGCCUUGGUGCGUGAGCUGCGAGGCGACAUAUGUAUCGUAUCGUCAGCAAUAAAGAAGAUUUCCGCCCAAGAUUCUACUAUUGAUGUGGAAACAAUAGCAAAUAUGCUUCAUACUGGACUACAGGUGAACGAGAGGAGUCCUCAAAGCGCUUCAGGAGGAAGUUCUCCAAACUCAGAACGAGGCCUAUCCCCCCGUCCAGAAAAAAAUUAAUACACGAAAGAUAUAAUAUUAUAAUUAAUAUUUCUCAUAUAAAAAUUAUAUCACCAUUUAAAUUUUCAUAUUAUAAUCUAUCAAUCUAUUUAAAAUUGCAUGCUUGUUAGUGACUUUUAUCUAUAAAAAUCAUAAAAAUAGAUUAAUGUUGAGUAUUUAAAUUAUUUUGUAUCUUAAAUUUAUUAAUUUUACAACCUUUAUUAUAAAUUAUUUACAAAAUCAUACGCCUUCUGCAUUUGGCAGAAUUUGAAAUAGUAACAUAAAACAACCAUGUAGUGUGCUUUGGCACUGAAACCCCAGUUGACCAAUUCACUAACUAUACGUUACUUGACAUUUACGAAAUUGAGAUUCUACGUAACAAAUGUCAUUCGGUGUCUACUGUUAACCCUUUGUAUAUAAUAAACAGUAGCUUGGCAAAUUCGUUCGUAACACUCCCGAUGGUCCGCGGGGGCCGGGAGGCGGGAAGCGAUGACAGAUAAACUCACAACUUAUGCACCCCACUUCCCUCCCCGUCGCCCGCAUAUCAUGGGAAUGUUCAACGAACAUGUCAAGCUAUGACAUAUCUUAGUUCAUUUGAUGUUUAUUUUAAUAGGUUGAUAAUAAAUACCAAAUAAAUGAAGAGGCCAGCUGGUCGGAAGGAAAUGACAAAUUAUAAUUUUUUUAUUGAAAAUUAUCUAAAUUGUGUUAUUAAUGAUGAAAAAUUAAUAUAAACAAAUUUAUUAUUGUUAUUGCAUUUGACAAUAUUAGAAUAGUUACCAGUUAUUAUCCUAUUGGAGUAUUAAUAGAGAUCCACAGCUUAAAGAAUGUUAAAAUACAGUUAUUUUAAAAUUUACUAUGUAGACAGAGAAGGAAAUGGGCAUGACGUCGUUGUUAGUGACGAAAAAGUACAUUUUAUCUUUGGGAUCGUAUAAACAAAGUUCAAAUACGAGUAAGAGGUGUCAUGGGUGAAAAGUUCGUCUUAAAGUCUAAACUAGCGGAAUCGCACCUCUGAUCGUCUUGUUUCUUUCCUGAGUUUUUAAUAUACAUUAUACAUGGUCUCCUUUUUUUGAGGGAAUUCGAAAAUUAUUUAUAUAUAUUUACUUCUCUGUCCUUUUUUAUGUAAUUGUAAAAAACAACUUCUGUUAAAAAUUUAAUGAUUUUUUUUUAUGUACUAGACGUAGAUAAAAGUAGUGUGACAAAUAAAAAUGUACUUAAAGAUUCAUGUUAUUAUAUUAUUGUAUUUGUCAAGUGUUUUGAUGUUAUAUCAUAACAAAUUAAUAAAUAUUAUAAGGACAACAUAUAUCUUGAAUAAAUGAUCA